AAUCUUUUUUGUGUGUGUGUGUCGCGCAUCUCUCUCUCCUCGCCAUCAUGUCCGAAACGGCGCCCGCGGUUGCUGUCAGCGCUGCUGCUCCUGUCGUGGCCUCCAAGGCUCCGGCCAAGAAGGCGAAGAAGGCUAGUGGCGGCGCCAAAGCGCGCAAGGCUUCGGGCCCCAGCGUCACCGAGCUGAUCACCAAGGCUGUGGCGGCGUCCAAGGAGCGCAAAGGGGUGUCUCUGGCGGCGCUGAAGAAGUCCCUGGCGGCCGGAGGCUACGACGUGGAGAAGAACAACAGCCGCAUCAAGCUGGGCCUGAAGAGCCUGGUGAACAAAGGCACCCUGGUGCACACCAAGGGCAUCGGCGCCUCGGGAUCCUUCAAGAUCGGCAAGAAGGCCGGCGAGGGCAAGGAGAAGGCGCCCAAGAAGAAGGCGGCUGCCGUCAAAGCCAAGAAGCCCGCCGCCAAGAAAGCCGCGGCCGGCGGCGUCAAGAAGCCCAAGAAAGCCGCGGCGGCCAAGAAAAGCCCUAAGAAGCCCAAGAAGCCGGCGGCCAAGAAGGCGGCCAAGAGCCCCAAGAAAGCGGCCAAGCCCGUCAAGCCCAAGAGGGUCGCCAAGAGCCCGGCCAAAGCCAAAGCGGUGAAGCCCAAGACGGCCAAGCCGAAGGCAGCCAAGCCCAAAGCGGCCAAGGCUAAGAAGGCGGCGCCCAAGAAGAAGUAGACGUGCCCCGCGCGCUGCUAAAAAACCCCAACGGCUCUUUUAAGAGCCACCCACCUCCUCCUAAAAAGAGCUUGUCACAAAUGUACAUACACUCUUGCAAUAUAUAGAUACAUACACAUACACACGCCUGCCACAGUAUAUCUUGCACAUGUUUGGUCAGAAUUUCAGUCACAGACUUGCUCCUCGCAGAAUUAUUAGCCUGCAUUUCUGGAAAUGGGGACAUUAGAUCGGCCUCUUUAGCGGGAUACUAACUUGCCCCGGGUUGGUUGGUGCGUGCUUCUUGAGAAGAGUGGAUCUAGUUAGGCGGGCACGGAAGUGAAAGAAGAGGAGGGAGAUGCUUUCAUCCCAGAAAAGUUAUUAAUUUCUAAAAAGUUAUUUUUAAAAACUUGAACUUUGAGCCCUUGAAUAAAAUCAGCUAGAAAGUAUUGUUGCG